AAGUGAAAAUCAUGUUUUUCAGUGGUAUUCAGCUGUGAGUUGUGACUGACUGAUCCCUUCUGCAAAUAAAAAAAUGUUUCCAUCAAUUCAAGUUCUAUAGUUAUUUUUUCAAAUGAAAGAUGAAAAGUGCUUUUAAAAAUUUUUUUUUCUUAUUGAUUUUAUAUUACUUCAGAAGAAAUCUAGAGUUAGGACUAGAAAUUCUCUCCUUAAUGCCGAGAACAAUUGUCGUCCUAGUCGGGAAUCCAGAUUUCUCGAGGCUACAGGUUUUAAAAGAUCGAAGUUUACAUUGUGCAACAUAUUUAUCAGUUCUUUGCAGUUGUCUAUCUAGUAAUACAGUCAAUAGAUUCAAAUGGUUGGUAUAUUCGUUUAAUAAUGUUUUGAAGAAUAUUGCACACAGCCCAAGGUUUCAGAGAGCAGAUUUUACUGUAGAAUAUGUUCCUGCCGCUACUAAUCUACUAAACAGGGUGUCCCAGAAUAUGUUUGCCUUAGACUGUCUGCAUUAUAAUAAAGCAACACAAAACCAACUGGGAGUAAACCUGUGGAAUAAUCUAGUAGAAGACCCUGCUUGGAGAACAUCAAACUACGGAAACAAAAUCAGAAUUAAAUGUCCAAAACAUCGAAACCCAUUCAUUUCAACGAAAGGGAACUCUAAAUUAUAAAGUCUCUGUUUUUCAUUCAAUAAACAUAUUGUGUUCACCUGUACAAAAUCCUUAAUACUUUUUUUUUCCUUUUCUAAAAUUUAUGUAUGGCGUAUAUAUAUAUAUCAUUGUCAAUGACAAACAUUACUCAUUUUAAAAAUGUAACUCAAUAAUAAGCCGAAAAGGUGUGUUUUCAUAAACGCCGAAACGGAUUAACCAAGGAGUAUGGAAAUAAGGGAGAAGAAAAACACCCAGCUUUGUAGCUUUUGUAAAAGAGUUUUAAAAGGUCGUAUUCUAGUUUUUAAAUGUGGUUUUUAACUAUAACCAUAUUAGAUAAAACCAAUUUUUUAUAUUAUAAAAAAUGCUAAUAAUUUUGCAUUCCAAAAAUGUAUUUGUUUGCAUAAUUCAGUCUAAUUUUCCCCUAUUUAAUGUAUAUGUACAAUUUAACCUAUUCCAUGAAUAUAUGUACGCGCUAUUUCUUAUUCAAAUGAAAUACCGUCUGCACAGCAUGUAUAAUCAUAUGGUAGGGCGGGCCGCGUCGUGUCCAUCUCCCUUAUAUUCCAUACUCCUUUGUGCUGAACCAACUCCUGGCAAAACUUCUCGUGUGUGGACUAGAGGCAUUAAAAUUUAAAAAGUCCAACAUGGCAAGGGGGAAAAAGUUCUUCUUAAAGAAAU